AGUUUAGUAAAUGACUGCAGCAAGGAAUAUGCAUAAGAAGCGACGAGAAGCGGAAAGCGCUGCUGUAGAUCACUCCUGAUGUGUCGCUUUUUACCAGAAGAUGCCGCAAGACUGUGAAACUUAAAUCCGACUUUAUACACGGGACGGGCUGCCCCAAGCCGCAACUCGCACAUCGACAAGAGCGCAAAAAACAGCUGAGGAGAAAACUUGGGCAUAGUCUUGUGUUGGGGGAUUCUACAUGGUGCGACUGAUCUGUGGAUAUUUAACUUCGCCAUGGUAUCGGCAUGCUUCUGGGCUGCCGGGGAACUAAGGCUGUAGCCAGCGACAGUCGCUCUCCGCGGUGCUGAACUUGCCCGUCUGGCUGCUCCAGUGCAUUCUAUAGAGCGGCACGGAGCGCUAUCCGGCCGCUGAAUGUAACAUAGUAACAAAGUACUCCUUCCUAGCGCUGAAUGCACUCAAUCCUAGCGCUGAAUUUACUCCUUCCUACAGCCGAAUUUACUCCUUCCUAGCGCUGAAUUUACUCAUUCCUACUGCUGAAUGCACUCCUUCCUAGCGCUGAAUUUACUCCUUCCUACUGCUGAAUGCACUCCUUCCUAGCGCUGAAUUUACUUCUUCGUACAGCCGAAUUAACUCAUUCCUACCGCUGAAUUUACUCCUUCCUAGCGCUAAAAUAACUCAUUCCUGGCGUUCAGUUUACUCCUUCCUAACGCUAAAUUAACUAAUUCCUGGCGCUCAGUUUACUCCUUCCUAGCGCUGAAUUUACUCCUUCCUAGCGCUGAAUGUACUCCUUCCUAGCGCUGAAUUAACAAAUUCCUGGCGCUCAGUUUACUCCUUCCUAGCGCUAAAUUUACUCCUUCCUAGCGCUGAAUUUACUCCUUCCUACCGCUGAAUGUACUCCUUCCUAGCGCUGAAUUAACUCAUUCCUGAAUUUACUCCUUCCUAGCGCUGAAUGUACUCCUUCCUAGCGCUGAAUUAACUCAUUCCUGGCGCUCAGUUUACUCCUUCCUAGCGCUGAAUUAACUCAUUCCUACGCUGAAUUUACUCCUUCCUAGUGCUGAAUUAACUCAUUCCUACGCUGAAUUUACUCCUUCCUAGCGCUGAAUUAACUCCUUCCUACCGCUGAAUGUACUCCUUCCUAGCGCUGAAUUAACUCAUUCCUACGCUGAAUUAACUCAUUCCUACGCUGAAUUAACUCCUUCCUAGCGCUGAAUGUGCUCCUUCCUAGCGCUGAAUGUACUAAUUGCCCUUCCUACAGCCGGACUGUAUAGCUGUGCGAUCGGAACCGCCUGAGCUGCGCUACUGGCCAGUAUUUAUGGAUCGGAAUUAGGCCGAAGCUGGGAAGUGUGCCCUGGUGUGUGUGUGUGUGUGUGUGCGAUUCUGCAGCAGUCUGCCAGCAAGUCUGACAUCUCACAGAACCCAUGUGUGCGUAGUACUGACCCAACCUUCCAGGCUGAUCGGAGCUCUUCCAGAACCGGCUUUCCCGAGUCCCAGGGGCAGUUCUUCCUACACAGCGAACCCAACGAGCCCAUCCCGACUACACCGCAACCAUGUGCAGCCUCAACGCACUCGGCAUUUACCUUUGGGAGACGGUUCUGUUCUUCAGUCUAGCAGCCUCCAAGGAAGUUGGUGCGUCGGCCCGUUCCUCUGCCAAGCUAAUGUCUCCCUCCGAUUUCCUGGAUAAACUGAUGGGAAAGAUCUCAGGAUACGACGCCAGGAUUAGACCCAAUUUUAAAGGUCCGCCUGUAAAUGUGAGCUGCAACAUCUUCAUUAACAGCUUUGGAUCAAUUGCAGAAACCACUAUGGAUUACAGACUGAAUAUUUUCCUGCGUCAGCAGUGGAAUGAUCCCCGCUUAGCUUAUAGCGAAUAUCCGGAUGACUCACUGGAUCUCGAUCCUUCUAUGUUGGACUCAAUCUGGAAACCAGAUCUGUUCUUUGCUAAUGAAAAGGGGGCUAAUUUCCAUGAAAUCACAACUGACAACAAGUUGUUGAGAAUUUUCAAGAAUGGAAAUGUUCUUUAUAGCAUAAGACUGACCCUGACAUUGGCUUGUCCCAUGGACCUGAAAAAUUUCCCAAUGGAUGUCCAAACCUGCAUCAUGCAGCUGGAGAGUUUUGGCUACACAAUGAACGACUUGAUAUUUGAAUGGGAGGAGGUGGGGGCUGUACAGGUUGCUGAAGGUCUGACUUUGCCUCAGUUUAUCUUGAAAGAAGAGAAGGAUCUGAGAUACUGCACCAAGCACUAUAGUACUGGUAAAUUCACCUGCAUUGAGGCUCGAUUCCACUUGGAGAGACAGAUGGGCUACUACCUGAUUCAGAUGUAUAUUCCCAGUUUGCUGAUUGUUAUCCUGUCCUGGGUGUCCUUCUGGAUUAACAUGGAUGCUGCUCCUGCCAGGGUUGGGCUUGGUAUUACUACUGUGCUGACCAUGACCACACAGAGUUCUGGAUCUCGAGCUUCAUUGCCAAAGGUCUCUUAUGUCAAAGCCAUUGAUAUCUGGAUGGCCGUGUGCUUGCUCUUUGUCUUCUCUGCUCUGCUGGAAUACGCAGCUGUCAACUUUGUAUCUCGUCAGCAUAAGGAGCUUCUGCGCUUCAGGAGGAGGAGGAGACACCACAAGGAGGAUGAAAAUGCAGAAGGACGUUUCAGCUUUGCUGCCUAUGGGAUGGGACCUGCAUGUCUCCAAGCCAAGGAUGGGAUUUCCAUGAAGGGUAAUAACAACAAUAACCCAGCAAGCUCUGCCCAGCCAGUCUCCAAAUCCCCGGAUGAGAUGCGCAAGCUCUUCAUUAGCCGAGCCAAGAAGAUCGAUAAAGUUUCAAGGAUCGGCUUCCCUUUGGUUUUCCUGAUAUUCAACACUUUCUACUGGAUCAUAUACAAGAUUGUGCGCAGUGAGGAUGUCCACAAGCAAUGAGAUGGUAUUGGGAAGGGGUGGGAAAAGGGACAAAGUGGCCAUAAAUACUGGGAAAGGAUCGAGCUAGGAAAAAGGUGGGUGUGUAGGGUAUCUAAUCCAAAAAAUGCAAAAGUAAAAACAGAACUGUUCUGAAACUAUUCUGGACUAACUGUUCUGGACUAUAGAUACAUUUGGUGUGUAUGGUACAUCAGAAAUCUGCCUAAUAUACAAGGUAGGGUCGCAGAACGGAGGAAGAAGAUGUAUCAGAGCAACCCAAUAAACUGAAAGUGUAUAAAAA